CACAGAUCCCGGCGGAGGAGCGUUCGCGGCUCGAGGCAGUCCAGUCGGCCUGGAGCGUGGAUGGGUCACGGUAGGGUGGCUUUAAUCUGCAGCUGGGAGCAAAUCCUCUGAUGUGGAGCACACGCACGCCCUGUAGUUGCGUGUUUAAUUAAAACUUCGUUAUUCAUCACAUGUUUGCGUCUUUUCCCGGCCUUUAACUGUGGACAAAAACUAAGUCAAAGCUGUCGACUGACGGUAUUUAGAAGGGUUUUGGGGGAAAGUUGGGUUUGAGUCGUGAAAAUGUCGGAACCAGAGAAGAAUAACUACAUUCCCGAAGUGUCAACAGAAAAAGGACUUUCAAAUGGAGGAGAUGGAGCAAAAACCAAAGAGGAUUUUGCCCUGGCCACCGUCUUUGUGUCUGACGCCCAGUAUAACAGAAAUAUUCACUUCGACUCCUCACCUCAGGCCGUCAGACUCUAUCUCCUCUACAAUCAUUGGGCUUUCAAGGUUCUCCUUUACUUCUUUAUCAUGGUCAACCUGUCUCUGGCCAUCUUUGAGGAACCAGCCGUCUUCCUUCUUCCUCUCUGGGCUACAAUGCUAGUGGAGCUGCUCUGUCUGAUCGUCUUCACCGCCCGACUUGUUCACUAUGCAAAGGUGAUUCCUCCGGUCAAAUUUUGGAAGGACCCCAAAAAUAUCUGCAUCAUCGCUGUCCUCACGCUCACUCUGGUUGAUAUGAUCAUCUAUGGAUCGUUGGAAGCUGCGAAGAUUUACUGCGUCCGCUGGUCUCGAGUCCUUCGCCCGCUCCUUUUGGUCAACGUCACCGAAGGGCGGCAGCUCCGUAGGGCAUUCAGAAGCAUCCGGAAUGCUCUUCCUCAGAUCUUCUAUGUCUUCCUGCUCUUCAUGUUCAGCCUCUUGGUGUUCUCUCUAAUGGCCCUCAAGCUGCUGGGGAAGAGGAAUCUGAAGAACAUAGAAGGAUAUCCAUACUUCACUGAUUACCUGGAGAUAGUUUUUCAGCUGUACGUUCUUGUCACCACAGCCAACAGCCCCGAUGUCAUGAUGCCUGCAUACAACGCCGGGUCUCUUUUUACCAUAUUCUUCAUCUUGUACAUCCUCAUCAAUACAUACAUCUUCAUGUCCGUCUUUUUGGCUGUUGUUUACAACAGCUACAAAAAAUACUUGAAGGAGGAGAUACGGCAGCUGGUGAGGGCCAAACGGUACAAGAUGGCACGAGCUUUCGAUGUUCUGCAGGAGCAGAAGGAAGGGUGCAGCCAACCGGUGUUGACCCAGGCCAGCUGGAACCACAUUGUCCGGCAAGUCCGACCCGACAUCACUGAUGCCCACAGAGAUCUCUUGUGGAGCGUCUGUGAUGACAAGAACCAAGGCGUCAUUGGCAAGGUGGCGUUUGUCCAACUAGCUGACCUCCUGAACAUCGAGGUGAUCACACUCAAGUCAAGACCACACCCACUUCAAAAUUUGUUUCCCACCAUUUACCUGUCAGCCCCGAGCCGGCUCAUCUGCCGAUUGGUCCAACACCGAGGCUUUGUGAUUGCUUUUGACCUGAUCAUCCUGGUGAAUGCAGUGUUCAUUGGUCUGGAUGAGGAGAAUCCCCUGAUCUCCAACUCAGAAUGGGGCUUCCUGGCACUCUACAUGCUGGAGAUCCUGUUGAAGCUUUAUGUGUUUGAGCCCAGGUCUUUUUUCUCCAGACACAGCUUCUGGAACUGGUUUGACACCCUCAUCGUCCUCUCAGCUCUUAUUGCCACGAUCAUCAACUCUGCCUUGAAGUCGUCGGCGGGAUACACCAGCCGCCAGAUCCUGGACAUCGUCUUUGUCCUGCGAGUCCUCAGACUGAUCCGGGUGGUGGACAGCAUCAAAAGGUUUCGUAUAAUCAUCAAUACGUUGAUCCGGAUUGGACCCGCGAUUCUCACAUUUGGACAGCUCAUUGUUGUGGUGUAUUACGUCUUCGCCAUAGUGGGAAUGGAACUGUUCAAGAACAAAGUGAAGUUUUUUGACAACUCCACACACCCAGAACACGCCUACUGUGGAAACCCCCUGUUGAAGGGUCACUCCUUUGCACAACUUGGCUACUGCAAAAACAACUUCAACAACGUGGUGUCGUCCUUCAUCCUGCUGGUGGAGCUCACUGUGGUCAACCAGUGGCAUGUGCUCAGCGAUGGUUUUGCCAGUGUCACCCACGUGUCAGCCAGGAUCUUCUUUGUCCUCUUUCACAUUGUAGUUGUGAUUGUCAUCAUCAAUAUCUUUGUGGCGUUUGUCCUUGAGGCGUUCUUUGUGGAGUACUCUGUGGAUAAAAGCCAACUGCAGACAUCUCUGGAGAAGAAAAUUGAGGAACUGGAGCUUGCUGUGGCACAGGAGAAAGUGGACGACAACUUGGUGAAUGCCAUGGAAACCAUCGUCAACGACCUGACAACCGGACAGGCGACCAAACCAAACCUGAUGUUUAAAAUCGCUUCAAAGAGAUACCGGACGGUAGACGCUCUGCUGCAGCGGAUGUUUGAGGCGGAUAUCGACCCUGAAGAUUUUGCCGAGAUCGAUGAAUCCCAGGCUAGAAGCUUUGAAAACCCAGUGUUCGGCAUGGGCGGACGUUAAGAUUCAGAUGUAUUUGAAGGGAAACAGAAACUAUUAUUUGUCAUAGUAUUACAUGCAUGAAGCCAUAAGUGUUGAAAUUCGAUGCUAAACAGGAGCAAUGUGUCAGCUGAUCAGGUUAUGACCCGAGACCCGUUUCCAAUGUGUUUUUUUAUCUGUUUUCUAUCCGUGUUUAAAGCACAAAUAAAAUAUGUAUUUUCACAUAAAGAAUAUUUACACCGA